CAUGGCAGUGGAUGGGGUUCGCAGGACCUCUGCGGAAGGGGGACGUUCAAGAGGCAAGCGGAAAAGGAGACACCUGGAAAUGGGGGAGGAGGAGCAGCGGGGCGAGGCGGGGGCGGUGCCGCGUGGGCUGCGAACCCGGACAUUCCCUGGGGAGCGCACCUGCGACUUCACCUCCAGUCCCUCCCCGGCUGGUGCAGCGGCGCGCGGGCUCUCGGGAGAGGUGGCGCUGCCUACCGGGCCUCAUCUUGCUGAGAAUGCGACGGGGCGACAGUCUCCUGUCUUUUCCAGUGGCUUUUGGCAUCCCCAGAGGAAAAAACGGGGAGACCCGCUUUGGCCUCAGGAAGCGCAGAAACACUGUCCUGGCUGCGCGCGCAAGGGUGAGAACCUAGGGGACCCGCCUAAAGCGCCGUCGGGGCUGAGCCGCACCGAACUCGCACAGCUCCCGGCAGCGAUCCGCGAUCCGGCAUCCUUCCGCCCGGUGGGGGCCCUCCUAGCCCUCAGUGCGUCUAUUCCUAGCUUCGGUCCCCGCAGCCAUGUAUGCAAUGACACCCUCGCCCACUCGCCUGCCAGCUUGGCCGCCUCCCUACAGAGGGCUCACGCUUCUCCAGAAGUUGUAAGAAAAGGAGGGAAAGCAGGCCAACCUCGAGGAUCUCCCCAGCCUUGGCGUUCGGGUGCUGAGGAGAUCGUCGAGGUUGGCCUGCUUCCCCUCACUCCUCGGGCCUUGCUCUUCCCUCAGGUGCCCACUGCCCUACCUGCUGUGUACCACUUUCUUGCUGCCUGUGAAGGUAUUUGUCCUCACCCUUGUGCUGCUCCUUCAAUGAUAGAACUUUAGGACUUUCUCAUCCAGCAGCACCAGCCUGAAAAAGCAGUGGCUUGCACCACCACACACAUACCUGGUCUCAGAUGGGUGGAUCAGGGCAA